AUGACGCGCGCGCCCGUCGCGCCCGCGCGGAAGGCGCGGCCGCCGCGGCCGCCCGCGCCCGCGCCCGAUGAGCCGCCUCCGGACGCCGCCGACGCCGACGUCGUCCUCGUGACGGACGAGAUGCUGGCGGAGGCGACGCGCGCGGAGCCCGGCGUGGUCGACCUCCACGAUCGAAGGAUCUCGUCGUUGACCGCGGGCGCGCUCUCGAACGCCGUCGCCGCCGGCGUCGUCGCGGACGCGCACACCCUGGACGUCAGCUUCAACGCGCUGCGGACGCUCGCGGGCGUCGACGCGAUGCGCGGGCUCGAGACGUUGCGCGCGUACGACAACGCGCUCGCGACGUGCGACGGCCUCCGCGCGCUCGCGACGACGCUCCGGACGCUGACGCUUCAGAACAACGCGCUGCGAUCGCUCGACGGCGUCGAGACACUGCGAAACCUGCGGUCGCUGCGCGUGGACGGGAACCCGCUCGGGAACGUUGGAGUGAGGGCGGCGACGCGCCUCGCGUCGCUGACCGCGCUGGACGUCUCGCGGUGCGGGCUCACGCGCCUCGACGGGUUCACAUCGCUCGUCAACCUCACGGAGCUCAACGUCUCGGGGAACGACGCGCUCGCGUCGAUCGAACAGCUGUGUCUGUGCGUCAAGCUCACGGACUUGGACGUCGGCGAGUGCGCGCUGACGGACGCGUCGCUGGCGCACCUGCGGCCGCUGCGGAGGUUGGACGCGCUGUCGCUGGAGGGGAACGCCGCGUUGACGUCGCUGGCGAAGAUGCCGAGGUUGGAAAAUCUCACCGAGUUGAACGCGGCGAGACUGCCCGCUUUGACGUCGUGGAGCGGCGUGGACUUCGCGAGGAUCGCGCCGUCGCUGGAGACGCUGGAUUUGGAGGCGUGCGGGUUCAGGGCGCUGCGAGAUCUCCUCGGGAGCGGCGCGAGCGCUCUAUCCGCGCUGCCCGCGCUGACGGAGUUGCGGUGCCGGGGGAUUCCGUGCGCGCGACCCGCGGACGACGCCGGCGCCGACGGCGCGGACGUCGCCCUGAGCCUCCGCCGCGAGAUCGUGAGCGCGCUGCCGUCUGUGCUGUACGUCGACGACGUCGCCGUCGGCGCCGCGGAGCGCGGGCCGGAGAUGACCGCGGAAGAGACCGAGGCGCUGCGACGACGCGCGGCGUUGGCGUCGAAAUACGGCGGCGGCGACGCGGAGGCGGAGGCGGAGGGGCGGCCGGUCACGCCCGCGGACUUUGGGUUCUACGGCGUCGGCGGCGGCGUGAGCGUGACGCUCGGGGAGGAGGACGACGACGAUUUGGAGUUGGAGUUGGAUCUGGUUCGACGAAAGAAGUGCGCGUCCUCCGCGAGCGCGGUGUUCAGGCCCCGGAGCGCGAGGAUACUCGGCGAGAGGAAACUCAUGGACGCCGGCGCGUACGAAGACGUCGCCGCGGACUUUACGCGUCAGAUGCGCGCGUUCGGGGAGGAGAUGAAAGGGAUCAUAGGACGCAUCAGGAACGGACUCAAGGAGACGCGACAGGACGCCGCGGCGGCGAUGCGCGCGGACGGCGUCUUCGAGGACGCGCUGGACGAUCCGUCGGUCGCGCCGUCGACGAGACUCCCGCCGGCGCCGCGGAUGAAGGCGGUGUCGUCGGCGACGCGUCCCGCGGGCGAGCGUCGCGUCCGCCUGGAGAACGACGCGGCCGUGCGCGCGAAGAAACGCGCCGCCGCCGCGGGGUCUGGGGCAUCGGCGUCGGAAUCGAUCGCGAUCGCGGGGGACGGCGGCGACGCGUCGUCGUCGUCGUCGUCGCGGCCGCCGAAAACGCCGCCGACGCGCGGUGCGACCCCGUCGUUGGAACGGGUUUUGUCCGACGCGAGGACGAGGACGAGGGCGGCGCUGGAGCGGUACGAGCGCGCGUUUCCGUCGUCGCGGCCGGGUAGCGCGGCGGUUCAGAUUACGGUGGACGCGGACGGCGAUCGGAGCCCCGAGGUGAAGGACCGCGUCGCCGCGGCGAUGGCGGCGGCGGAGGCGGCGGCGGCGGAUUCGGACGACGACUGCGGCGGCGGCGGCGGCGGCGGGAUCAUAGCCUUCUUCGACGGAGGCGACCGACUCUCCGUCGCGGACGUCGACGCCCCGGCGCCGCCGCCGGUGUGCGAGCCCGAGCCAGAGCACGAGCCCGAGCGCGCGUUCGAGGACGACGACCGCGCGGUCGCGCUGUCGUCGUCCUCGCGCGCGCCCUCCUCCGCGUCCGCGGCGGCGGCGCGUCGGACGGCGACGGCGACGGCGACGGCGGCGCGGGGUCGCGUCCCCGCGGGCGGCCUCGUCCGCGGCCGCGGCGGCGGCGCGCGGCCGCUGCUCCAGUCCGCGGGCGUCGUGCCGCGCGCGAAGACGUUCCGGACGCCGUCGCGGCCGGGCGCGCUCGUCGCGGCGGGGACGAAGGACGUCAGAGACGAAGCGGACGGAGCAGACCGAAGGUCGCCGUCGGCGAGAAAAUACUAG